AUGUGCUAUCGGCUGAGAGAACGCCAUUUCACUUGGACGGGCUGUUCAAGACGGAGAAGCUUUGAAACCAGGAGACGGGGGAAGAAGGGCUUGUACCUGUCCCACAACGGCAAACCCUGCCCACGAUAUCACGAACCACGGCCGAGCGACAGGACUGCCUUUGGCCAGACGAUCAUAGAGUUUGAAGCAGAAGACAAUUCAGCAGGGAGUAGUAGCGAAAUAUCGAUAGCGUGCUGCACGAUUCGAGUGGCCUACUAUCACUCAUGGGAUGAGGGUGGUCUACUUGUCAGCGACAAUAUUUUGAAGAUGCACACAAGGACCGACUUUGUUGCGGGCUGUGAUAGGGAGCUUCCGAGUAUUCAUCUUGACUAA